AUGAGCGGAUCGCGCGGCGCAACCAAGCACCACGCCUCUCUCGAGAAGAGGCUACACGGUGCCCUCCAUGUUCUCAACACGGAAGCCACGGCGCUCAGGUAUAUCACACGCCUCUACGAAACGGACCCGGUCGCGCGGGAUGGGUUUUCUAGGACUGUCGAGGCCGUGACCAGGCACAAUGGUGAGAGGGGAAAGCUGGUGAUUACGGGCGUCGGCAAAUCGGGACUUAUCGGCAAGAAGCUCGUAGCUACCUUUAACAGCCUGGCGAUACCCACAGUCUUCCUCCACCCGACAGAGGCGCUGCACGGCGAUUUAGGCCUCAUUGGACGCUACGAUACCCUCAUGUUCAUCACAUUCUCCGGGAAGACGCAGGAACUUCUCAGCCUCCUACCCCAUAUUGACGCUAGCCUGCCCGUCAUCCUCCUUACCUCGCAUACUCGGCCGGCCGGAUGCGAUUUCAUCCGCCUACGACCCGACACGAUCCUGCUUCCGGCCCCGGUGCACGAACCCGAGACGACUUCGUUUGGGGUGCCCGCGCCCACCACCUCGACCACUGUCGCCCUGGCCGUGGGCGAUGCCGUCGCGAUAACGGCGGCGAAAGAGAUCCACCACUCGGUGUCCCGCGUUUUCGCCAAGCACCAUCCGGGCGGGGCCAUCGGAGCGGCAUAUAGGCGGCCGGAGACGACGCGAGAUAUUGCGGUGCUGCUUCAGGACAUCCCGGUGAUUGAGGCGCGCAAGCACACGACGGGAGCGGAUGUUCUCAAGGCGGGUUACGCAUCGAAGUCGGGCUGGGUACGGCUCUUGGACGGGCGCGUGGCCUCGCCUAGCAGGAUAAAGGGCCUCGGAAAUGAGGAACUCGUGGCCCGGCUGGAGCACAUUUCCGGCCUAUUCGUCACACGCAAUGACAUGCUCUCGGUCUGUUGUACGACCAACCUCCGACGGGCCGUGGAUUUCGUCGUCAGCAACAUGGCGCAAGCCUCGGAUGACGGCGAGGACAUUUGUGAUUCGCGGACGGUGCUGGCCGUGCUGGAGAAGGGCGAAAUGAUUGGCGUACUGGAAGUCGGCGAGCUUCUCAGCUGCAACGAGGCAUGA